UUUCAUCCGGCAGAAUCUUUUAACGGAACUAUCAAACCUCUUGAUGAACAAAUGAUCCGCUCAAAUACAUUCAACGCAGGUCCGAAGGUCCCAAUUUCAGAGCGCUAAUGAGCAACCAUCAUUUCAUACAUGCCAUUUUGAAGCGACUCUAAGUGCGGGGCUUUCCGUUGAAGACUGCGCGCCUAGAUUUGCCAACGCUCCCCACCCACAGGACCUUAUUUGAACCCGUCUCCGGCUCGUCCACCUCGUCUGCCUCAUGUCGGCAAAGCGCGUAACCGUCGACGCGCUCUCGCGGGCUUUAUGUCCGUCAAUUGACGGAAAUCUACUACCACGAGCUAUCUCCUUGCCCUUACUAUCGGCAAAACGCGGCGGGGUGACCCACGAACAACAUGACGCCGGGUCGCACUCGGGUUGUCGAGCCGGCCAGGGGCGAGCCAUCCACACCAGCAGGCCACUAGCAGAGCAAAGACCUAAACGAGAAAAAUUCCCACAAUGGGCAGCGGCUCCCAAAGUGCGACCGCAAAAGCAGGUGACCGAGAAGAAGCCACCGGCUCCGCCUGUAUUGGACCCGUUUCCAAAGUGGUCUACAACAGAAGCGGCGCCUAUACCUACGGUAGGGGACUCUAUAGUCGUUCCUCAAGAAGACGCCCAGUCAACAGCGAGCCCUAAAAGUACCGACCCUCCGCAAGCGGCAGACCAAGCGCCCGCCCAGAAAGAGAAUGACACCACGGCCCAGGCGCCCGAGGAGACAGCAGAUCCAGCCUCGAAGCCCUCAGAAACAGACCGCGUGAGCGCAUCCACGUUAUGCCGGUCAACCUCGGACUUCCCGCCGGAAACGGCCGACGCGCCGACGCCGGCUAUCUACGAGGCGCUGCGCAGCCUACGUAGCUGGCCGGGCAAGGGCCAGGCCCAAAAGAUACGGCGCCUCGUCAAGUACCUGGUGGAGGACCGCGGCGAGCGGCCCAACGUUUUCCUGUACGAGGCGCUGGUCACGGCGAACUGGGACCCGGUGACGGGCUCGGCGGACGAGCUGGUGGACAUCUACAAGGAGAUGCGGACGGCGGGGAUACAGCCGUCGCAGGGGUGGUACCACAGCGCUUUGCGGCUGCUCGCAAUCCACCCGAAUUACCUCACCAGGAAGACUUACCUGCUGAAGAUGGAGGAGCAAGACAUGGAGCUCACUGACGACGGCAAGGCGAGCGUCGCUUUGGGACUCCUGCGUGACGGCCAGAACGAGAUGGCGCUGGACUAUUGGGACAGCAUGCGUAGUAACGGGACCAAGAUCCCCGAAUGGGUGUCGGCUACCUUUGUCUCCGUCUUGGUGUUGCGGGGGUUUGUGGACGAAGCGGUCCAGUUAUUUCGCCAGGUACUCAAGAUGGCGAGGGCCAAUUCGAAACCAGUGCCCCUUUCCCUCUGGUCCUAUAUUCUAGACGAAUGCAGUCGGUCCCUCCACUACGAGGGGACAAAGCUGGUAUGGGACGAGAUGGUUUCGCCAGGGAAGAUAAACCCGGCCGACGGCAUCGCCCUCAAUGUGCUGAACACGGCGGCACGCCACGGCGACACGGCACUGGCCACCGCCGUCAUCGAGCUUCUCUCGACCCGCGAAGUCAAGCUCGGGUUCCACCACUACGAGCCGCUGCUCGAAAGCUACGUCCACGCCGGGAAUCUAGACGUCGCGUUCCGCGUCCUCGGCAUCAUGAACGACGCGGGCGUGCAGCCGGACCAACCCAGCACCCGCGCGAUCUUCUCAGCGCUGAAGGACUCGCCCGACCUCACGCAGGAGGUAGUCAGAAUCCUCCGCAGCCUGGGGCGCGUCCCAGUAGCCGCAGUCAACGUGGUGCUGGAAGCCGUCGCCGCGGCGGGCGACAUGGCCAAGACGCUCGACGUGUACCGGCAGGUGUGCGACCUGUGCCAGUCGGGCCCCAACCAGCAGACCUUCAUCCUCCUACUCAACCAGUGCCGGCGCGCGGGGCCGGCCGUCUUCUUGGUAUCCGAGAUGGACCGGUUCUCGGUGCGGCCGUCGCCGCCGAUCCUCGACAGCCUGAUCCGCUGCUUCGCGCAGGACGGCAGCCUGGACGUCGCGCUGCUCUACCUCGACGAGAUGAGCCGCUUCGCCCGCUCGUCGUCGUCGUCGUCGGCCGCCGCCGCCACCCCCUGGGUCAGCGAGCGCACCCUGCUCACCGUGCUCCGCCGCUGCUUCCGCGAGAAGGAUGAGAGGGCCUUUGCGCUCGUCGCCGAGGCCCAGAAGAGGGGCAUGCAGGUCGAUAUGGAUACCGUGCGCAAAAUGGAACGGGCGGGGCGCGGGGAGUUGGAGGACGGGCGAGAGGUGUGAGGGGUGAUGGGCGAUGGCGAGAAUGGCGCUGUAUACUCACUGUUCACUGUAUAUCUAAAUAUGUACAUCUCGAAUACAAGUAUUUGUUGACUGGAGGCCGCAAUGCAUUUUGUAUUCUCGAACUGGCUCAGACAUAUCUAUCGAUGGAUGGUGGUAUGUCCAACUCGAUAGAAGGUGUUCGGGCUUGAAGCUCUGGUUACCCGACUCACUCAGGAAAAUAAACAGACGGCGGUCCUUUAUUUCC